AACGCGUCAUUUUGACAUUUCCUACAAUUUCCUCUCGUGUGGGUUUGUUCGGCGAGUGCAUGCGACUACUCUCGAAAUAAAUACUAUUACUGUAAAACAAGUGCAUAAACUGCUUUGAAAUGAAAGUUGCGUGCAAUAAAUCCAACCCACCGCUAGGUGGUUUGCUCGCUGUGGAGUUCUACAAGUCCUCAGCGAAACAGGUGGAAGUGACGUGGGAUGGCGAUUCGUAUGUUGUUUUGCCGAAUUCGUCUAAAAAGGUGCCAUAUGCUACCAGUAAUGAUCUGAUAAGAAUUCUGGAAAAUGCUUUCAACAAAGCGGCAGAACCUCUUCAAAGGGUUACCAUGAAUCAUUGGCUUUCGUUUAGCCUAAUCUUAGAGGAUGAGAUCCCCAAAUCCAUUGAUUAUUUGGACAAAACUCUUGGGCCCUUAACCUAUUUGGUGGGAGAAUCAUUAUCAGUAUCUGACUUGGCAGUCUUUAGUGUUUUGUAUGGAUCAGCCAGGUUCAAGGAUGUAUCAAAGAAAAACCCUCCUAAAAACAUUCUUCGCUGGAUGAAGCUGAUCGAAGCUCAAUCAUGUGUAGCUACAGUACUGAAAGAACUGCCUGCUGAGGUCCUGAGCAAUAUCAGCAAGGCUUCAUCCAGGAAAUCUCCAGCAGCCAAUGAUGGUGGUUCAGGCCGUCAACAGGAAGGCAAGUUUGUUGAGCUGCCACAUGCUGAGAUGGGCAAGGUGGUGGUCAGGUUCCCACCUGAAGCAUCAGGUUUCCUCCACAUUGGUCACGCGAAGGCCGCGCUUCUGAACCAGUACUACCAACAGGCGUUCCAGGGCAAACUCAUCAUGAGGUUCGAUGACACCAACCCUGCUAAAGAAAAUGCUGAGUAUGAGAAGGUAAUCCUAGAAGACGUGGAGAUGUUAGAAAUCAAGCCGGACCUCUUCACGCACACGUCUCAGUACUUCGAUCUGAUGCUGGACUACUGCGUGAAGCUCAUCAAGGAGGGCAAGGCAUUCGUCGACGACACCCCCGCAGAACAGAUGAAGAACGAGAGAGAACAGAAGAUUGAUAGCAAGAAUAGGAAUAAUUCUGUAGAAAAGAACCUAGAGCUAUGGGAGGAGAUGAAGAAAGCCAGUGACAUCGGAGUGCAGUGCUGUGUGAGAGCCAAGAUAGACAUGCAGUCCCCCAACGGAUGUCUGCGCGACCCCACCAUAUACCGCUGCAAGCCGGAGGUACAUCCACGAACCGGGACACAGUAUAAAGUAUACCCCACAUACGACUUCGCGUGUCCAAUAGUGGACUCCAUCGAGGGAGUGACGCACGUGCUCCGUACGAUGGAGUACCACGAUAGGGAUCCUCAGUUCUACUGGUUCAUUGACGCGCUCGGCAUCAGGAAACCUUACAUCUGGGAGUAUAGCCGAUUGAGUAUGACAAACACAGUUUUGUCCAAGAGGAAACUCACAUGGUUCGUAAAUGAGGGCCUCGUCGACGGAUGGGAUGAUCCUCGUAUGCCCACCGUUCGAGGGGUGCUCCGUCGUGGUAUGACAGUGGAAGGCCUGAGGCAGUUUAUCACGGCGCAGGGCUCCAGUCGAUCCGUGGUCUUCAUGGAGUGGGACAAGAUUUGGGCUAUAAACAAAAAGGUGAUAGACCCGAUCGCACCACGCUACACGGCCCUUGAAACGAGCCCAGUGCCCGUGAACCUUAAGGGAAUAUCAGAGAGCACCCUGUCCGUAGCUCUACACCCUAAAAACCCCGAUGUAGGGUCCAAGACCGUGCAUGUAGCUGGUAGACUGCUCAUAGACCAGGUCGAUGCAAAGACGUUGAAGGAAGGAGAAAACGCCACAUUCAUCAAUUACGGAAAUAUCAUGAUUGAUAAAAUUCACAAGGCAGCAGACGGCACAGUGACCAGUAUAGACGCGACCCCUAAUCUAGACAACAAGGACUAUAAGAAGACGCUCAAGUUAACUUGGUUAGCUGACACACCGAAGUCACCGACUGUCGAAGUGUACUGCGUGUACUUUGAUCAUAUUAUAUCGAAACCACUGCUGGGCAAGGAUGAAGAUUUCAAGCAGUACAUUGGACAUAAGACCAGGUGGGAAAUCCCAAUGCUGGGCGAGCCAGAGCUGCUAAAAGUGAAGGUGGGAGAUAUCAUCCAACUGCAAAGGCGUGGAUUCUUCAGAGUGGACGUGGCGGCCGCCCCGCCCUCCCCGCACACGUCACGCCCCACGCCGCUCGUACUCUUCCACGUACCCGAUGGACACACCAAGGAGAUGCCUGGACAGCCAAAACCGGCAGCAGCGUCUCCAGCCAAGCAAGCCGCUGCAGCCCCAGCAGCCUCACCAGCAGCGUCUGCAGCCUCCGAUCUUAACGAGCAGAUAACCAAGCAAGGAGACCUGGUCCGCUCCCUGAAGUCCGCUAAGGCAGAGAAGGCGAAGGUCGACGAGGCUGUCAAGGCCCUUCUAGACCUUAAGGCUAAAUAUAAGGCUGCUACUGGACAGGACUGGAAGCCAGGCGCGGCUCCAGCUCCCGCAGCAGCACCAGCAUCUCCGUCCGGUGACGCAGCGUCUCUAGACCAGGAGAUCACCAAGCAAGGAGACCUGGUCCGCUCCCUGAAGUCCGCUAAAGCUGAGAAGGCGAAGGUCGACGAGGCUGUCAAGGCCCUGCUAGACCUCAAGGCCAAAUAUAAGGCUGCGACUGGACAGGACUGGAAACCAGGUGCAGCUCCAGCCCCAAAAUCAUCCCCAAGUCCGUCCGGUGACGCUUCAUCCCUCAACCAGGAGAUCACCAAGCAAGGAGACCUGGUUCGUUCCCUGAAGUCCGCUAAGGCUGAGAAGGCGAAGGUCGACGAGGCUGUCAAGGCUCUGUUGGACCUUAAGGCCAAAUAUAAGGCUGCUACUGGACAGGACUGGAAACCUGGCGCAGCUCCAUCACCUGCUGCUUCAAAACCUGCUGCAGCACCAUCUACAUCUAGUGACGCAGCAUCACUUAACGAGCAGAUCACCAAGCAAGGAGACCUGGUCCGCUCCCUGAAGUCCGCUAAGGCCGAGAAGGCGAAGGUCGACGAGGCUGUCAAGGCCCUGCUAGACCUCAAGGCCAAAUAUAAGGCUGCUACGGGACAGGAUUGGAAGCCAGGCGCGUCUCCUGCACCAGCUCAACAGAAACAGUCGGAGACUGACGACAGUAAGCAGGUCGCACUGCUACUCAAACAGAUCGCUGCUCAGGGAGAUAAGGUCAGGAAGGUCAAGGCUGAGAAGGCUGAGAAGAACGUGAUCGAUGUUGAGGUGAAGAAUCUUCUAAACUUGAAGGCGCAGUACAAAGCUAUAACUGGCACUGACUGGACACCCGCCGCCGCUUCUGCACCAACCAAAGUUGAAACUAAGACGGACUCUACACCAGCAGCCAUGAACGGCGGCAGUGCGAAGGCGACGGAGCUCGGCGCGCAGAUCACUAAGCAGGGAGACCUUGUUAGGGAACUCAAGGGGAAGAAAGCUGACAAGGCCACAGUAGAUGCGGAAGUAAAGAAGCUUCUAGAACUGAAGGCGUUGUACCAGGCGGAGACAGGCACUGCGUUCGCGCCGCCAGUACAACCACGCGACCCCAAACCCAAGGAGAAGAAAGAUAAACCUAAGGAGGUCAAGAAAGAAGCUAAGGCUAAGGAACAGUCCCCAAAGCCAGCCAAAGAAGAGUCCUCAUCUGGAGUAAAGAAAGUCACCAGGCUGGGUCUGGAAGCCAGCAAGGACACAGACCUGCCGGAAUGGUACUCACAAGUCAUCACCAAAUCGGAGAUGAUAGACUACUACGACAUCUCCGGCUGUUACAUCCUGCGGCCGUGGUCGUACAGUAUCUGGGACUGUAUCAGGAACUUCCUCAGCGCUGAGUUCAGGAAGCUCGGCGUUAAGGACGGAUACUUCCCUAUAUUUGUGUCUAAGGCCGCUCUAGAACGCGAAAAGGAUCACAUAGCGGACUUCGCCCCCGAGGUAGCGUGGGUCACCCACUCCGGUACGUCGGAGCUGGCCGAGCACAUCGCCAUCCGGCCGACGUCGGAGACUGUCAUGUACCCAGCGUACGCCAAGUGGAUACAGAGCCAUCGCGACCUGCCCUAUAAACUGAACCAGUGGAAUAAUGUUGUGAGAUGGGAGUUCAAGCAGCCCCAGCCGUUCCUCCGUACUCGUGAGUUCCUCUGGCAGGAGGGACACACUGCAUUCAGGUUGCAGGAGGAAGCCGCUGAGGAAGUCUUGCAGAUACUCGAUCUCUACGCCCGUGUUUACGAGGAGCUGAUGGCUAUCCCAGUGAUCAAGGGUCGUAAGACUGAGAAGGAGAAGUUUGCCGGCGGAGACUAUACUACCACCGUAGAGGCCUAUAUACCUGCCAGUGGACGAGCUAUUCAGGGAGCCACAAGUCAUCACCUCGGCCAGAACUUCUCGAAGAUGUUCGAGGUGGUGUACGACGACCCCGACACGCAGGAGAAGAAGUAUGUCUACCAGAACUCGUGGGGUAUCACUACCAGAACUAUUGGUGUAAUGGUCCUAGUCCACGGUGACGACAAAGGUCUGGUCCUCCCACCAAGAAUAGCAGAUAUCCAAGCAAUAGUAGUCCCCUGUGGUAUCACCGCUUCAAGCACUACGGAGGAGAGGAACAAACUCAUGGAUUCUUGCAAGGAUCUCGUUAAAGACUUGCUCGCUGCUGGCAUCAGAGCUGAAGGAGAUUAUAGAGAUAAUUACUCGCCUGGAUGGAAGUUUAACCAUUGGGAGCUUAAGGGUGUACCAGUGCGCGUAGAACUGGGUCCCAAGGACAUGGCGCGCGGUGAGAUAGUGGCAGUGCAGCGUCUGACCGGGGACAAGAAGACGUUCAAACGCGCGGUCGCCGGGAAACUACUGCUGGAACUGCUGGACCAAACACAUAACCAGAUGUUUGAUAAGGCAACCAAAGAGCGAGAUGCGAGAUUAUCUCUGGUUACAAAAUGGGAUGACUUCACCAACGCUCUGGAGCGUAAGUUCAUCUUACUGGCGCCGUUCUGUGGAGAGAUACCUUGUGAAGAUAAAAUCAAGAAUGACAGUGCUAGGACGGAUGAUGACCCAACAACCGAAGUGAAGGCUCCAGCCAUGGGUGCCAAGUCCCUCUGCAUACCAUUCAAGCAGCCUCGUGAACUCACUGUAGAAGACAAAUGCAUCAACCCAUCAUGCACUAACAAACCCAAGUUCAUCACACUCUUUGGAAGAAGUUACUAAAUAGUUUCAAUUUCAAUUAAAACAAGAGCAACUUUUUAUAAAAAUAUAUAAUUUAUUAUUUA